GGAAAGUGUCGCGCGUUGGAGGAGCCGCGGCUGCCGUUGGCGCUGCCGUUGCUGUUGCCGGCCCGGGCCCGCUGCCGCUGCCGCAAGGAUGGCGGCCGAGUUCCACCUGCGCACCGGCAAGCUGGUGGCCCUGCUCAACGGCAACCGCACGGCCAAGCGCAACAAGCCGACCGAGGAGUUCAACCACGGCCUGGCCAUGAGCCGGGAGCCGCUGGGCGACGGGCAGCUCUUCCAGGUGCGCAUCGACCGAAAGGUGAACUCGUGGAGCGGUUCCAUCGAGAUUGGAGUGACGGCUCUGGACCCCAGCACCCUGGACUUCCCCAGCAGUGCCACCGGCCUGAAGGGCGGCUCGUGGAUCAUCUCGGGCUGCUCGGUGCUGCGGGACGGCCGCUCGGUGCUGGAGGAGUACGGGCAGGACCUGGACCAGCUGAGCGAGGGCGACAAAGUGGGCAUCCAGCGCACCCCCGGCGGGGAGCUCCACCUGUGGGUGAACGGGCAGGACUGCGGGACGGCUGCCUCGGGGCUCCCCCCGCAGGUGUGGGCGGUGGUGGACCUGUACGGCAAGUGCACGCAGGUGACCGUCCUGGACUGCGAGCCCGUGCUGCGGAGAGAGGAGCCCCUCAGGACUGCCGCCACCGAGGAAGGCUUCGUGGGGAUGGAGCUGUCGGACGUGGUGAACAACGCCAUCCUCUCGGCCUACAACGGCAACCUGCUGAACGUCAGCCUGGCCAGCCCGCCGGACGGCUGCUCGGUCACCUCCAACGACGCCCUGCUCUUCCACGAGAAGUGCGGCACCCUCAUCAAGCUCAGCAACAACAACAAGACGGCGGAGAGGCGGCGGCCACUCGACGAGUUCAACAACGGCGUCGUCAUGACCAACAGGCCGCUGCGGGACAACGAGAUGUUUGAGAUCCGGAUUGACAAACUGGUGGACAAGUGGUCCGGGUCCAUUGAGAUUGGUAUCACACUGCAUAACCCGAAUAACCUGGACUACCCGGCAACAAUGACCAAUCUCCGAUCAGGAACGAUCAUGAUGAGCGGCUGCGGCAUUCUGACCAAUGGCAAGGGGACACGGCGCGAGUACUGCGAGUUCAGCCUGGACGAGCUGCAGGAAGGAGAUCACAUCGGGCUCAUGAGGAAGUCCAGUGGAGCACUACACUUUUAUAUAAAUGGCAUCGACCAAGGGGUGGCAGCGACCCAGACCCUGCCCACGGUCUACGGAGUGGUGGACCUCUACGGCAUGGCGGUGAAGGUGACCAUCGUCCACAACCACAACCACUCGGACCGCCUGCGCAGGAACAACGCCAUCAUGAGGGCGCUGUCGCCCGACGUGGGGCGGCGCAUCUUCGACUCUGGGGACGUGGAGGUGGAGCGGCUGCUCUUUCACCCCAACUGCGGGCAAAAGGCCGCCAUCGUCUGCGAGGGAAGGACGGCGCUGCGGCCCCAUGCAACAGAUGACUUUAACCACGGCGUAGUGCUCAGCAACAGGUCCCUCAGGAGCAACGAAAUCUUCCAAGUCCGUAUUGACAAGAUGGUGGACAAGUGGGCUGGCUCCAUAGAAAUUGGCGUAACCACCCACAAUCCUGCUUACCUUCAGUUGCCGUCCACGAUGACCAAUUUACGAUCUGGCACGUGGAUGAUGACUGGCAACGGAGUGAUGCACAAUGGAACUACAAUUCUGGAUGAGUAUGGUCACAACCUGGAUCGUUUAAAGGCGGGUGACACGGUUGGUGUUAUGCGCAAGGAAGAUGGAAGCCUGCACUUCUUUGUCAACAACGUGGAUCAGGGGCUCGCCGCGUCCAACGUACCGUCCAACGUUUAUGCCGUGGUCGACCUCUACGGCCAGGCCGCCCAAGCCACCAUCAUCGACGAUAUAGAGCUGCCGCCUCUGCCUGACGACGUGCUGGAGGGCAACAACCAGAUCUCGCCCUGCAGCCUGUUCUCCCUCACCCCCAGCAACGACCUCCGCUUCCACCACCUGCACGGGAACAACGCCGUCAUCACCAACGGCGGACGCACCGCCUUCCGGCAGAACUGCCGCAGCGAGUUCAACGACGCCAUCGUCAUCUCCAGCAGGAUGUUGCGGGAAGGGGAAAUGUUUGAAAUUCUAAUUCAGAAGAUGGUGGACCGAUGGUCGGGGUCAAUAGAAGCAGGCGUUACAGCAAUCCGUCCUGAGGAUCUUGAGUUCCCCAGUACCAUGACGGAUAUAGACUAUGACACUUGGAUGCUGAGCGGCACAGCCAUCAUGCAGGACGGGAAUACGAUGCGGAAUAACUACGGCUGCGACCUGGAUUCCUUGACCACCGGCUCCCGCAUCGGCAUGAUGCGCAGCUCCAACGGCGACCUGCACUAUUACAUCAACGGGGUGGACCAGGGAGUGGCCUGUUCCGGACUACCCCCAGAGCUGUACGCUGUGGUUGAUCUAUACGGACAAUGCGUGCAAGUGUCCAUCACCAGCGGCUCGUUACCGGUGGACAACAGCCUGUCACUGAGCAAUGCGACUGAGAAGUCCUUUCCGCUACUCUCCCCAGUACCCGGCAUCACGCACCGAUUCCACGCCAACUGCGGCAAGUACGUGGCGCUCCAGAACGAUGGCUGCCGGGCGGUUAGAGUCCACGGAUUCUCCCACGGGAUCGUCUUCAGCAUGAAGGAGUUGAAGCCCGACGAGAUCUUUGAGGUCAAGGUGGACGAGAUGGACGAGCAGUGGUCGGGCUCCCUGCACAUCGGCCUGACCACCCUGCAGCCCUUCGAGAUCACCUGCGCCUCGUCGGGGCUGCCCGCCUCGCUGCUGGAGCUGCGGUCGAAGGUCAGCUGGCUGGUCAGCGGCGCCGAGGUCAGGCGGAACGGCGCGCUGCAGAAGCAGAACUACGGCUUCUCGCUCGAGCGGCUGACGGUGGGGAACCGCGUGGGCGUGAAGCGCGGCAGCGAUGACACCAUGCACGUUUUCGUCGACGGAGAGGACAUGGGCGUAGCGGCUGCUGGCAUCGCUAAGAACGUGUUUGCCGUCGUGGACCUCUACGGGAAGGUGGUGUCGAUGUCCAUCGUUAGUUCCAGCACCCUGGAGGAGACGGAGAGCACCAAGCCGCCCUCCAUGUCGUCGGGAAGUUGCAGCGAAGAGGAGGAAGAUCUCAGCCCGUGCGAGAACGAGGCGUCGGUGUUCCUGGCGACCAUCGAGUUCAUGGAGAACCACGGCAGGAACAUCCUCUUGUCCAACGACGGGCACACGGCCACCCGCGUGGCCAGCUACAACCAGGGGGUGGUGGCAUCGGCACAGGCCCUGCCCCGGCAACUGCUCUUCCAGAUUCGGAUUGAUCGGUUGAACACGCAGUGGACCUCUUCGCUCUCGUUGGGGGUGAUUGGACAUUGUCCUGAAAGGUUUAACUUCCCAGGCACAGCCUCCUCAAUCAAGCGCUCUGCUUGGCUGAUCCAACGAGGGUCCGUUUUUCAUAACUCGCUCAAGAUUUGUGACAAUUACGGCCCCAACCUGGACACGUGCCCAGAAGGAACGGUCCUUGGUCUCCUGGUGGACAACACGCAAGGUCUACACCUGUACGUUAAUGGAAUGGACCAAGGCGUGGCUACCCAAGACAUCCCUAGCCCUUGCUUCGUAGUUAUUGACCUCUACGGUCAAUGUGAGCAGGUUACCAUAGUGACCAACGAUAUCAUGGCCCCGGGAAGUGAUGGCAGCCACUUGUGUUGCCAGGGCGACGUGGAGAAGGCCGGGGUGGUUGACGGUAUCAAGGAGAACCUGUGCUGGACUCCGCCACCAGAAGUGAACCCCAUGAAGACCUGCGAAUACCAGGCCCUCUGUGCCAGGUUUAAGGAGCUCCUUCCUCUGCCAGACGGAUACUUCAACGAGGAGCUGAAGUGCAACCUGUGCUACUGCGAGUCGUGCCGCAAGCUGCGGGGGGACGAGGCGUACUACAAGGGGCGGGGCGACCCGCCCAAAGACUACGCCCUCCCCUUCGGGUGGUGCAGGUUUGCCCUCAGGUUGAACCCGCGGUGUGAAGUCACCAACGUGUACAAGAAGUGGCACACGGCUUACCACGGGACUUGCGUCGGGUCUCUGCGGCGAACUCUGGACCACGGCGAGCUGGUAUCAGCUGGGAGCGCAUCCAUUUUCUGCAGCAAGCAGGCGAAGGUGGAGCUGCAGAACGGAUACAACGACCCUGAGGUCAACAGCGCACAGGAGAAGGACACGGUGAAGGUCAGCUUGUCGCCGACCAUGCGUUACGUGGGGCUGGACCGAUUCUGCCCCAAAAUACGGUUCAAGGACGUGCGUUCCCAGCGACACCACCAGGCGCAGGUGGCGUUCCAGGUGUGCGUGCGGCCGGGCUCCUACAAGAUCGGCCCGCCUUCGGCCGGGACUGGCGAGUCCAUCGACCCGCGCUUCAGCAACAACGAGAUCGAGUGGAUCACCAAGGAGAGGGCUUCCACCGUCCUGUAUGGCCUCCUGGUGCGGGUGGAGUGAGGUGGACCCUUUCUCCCCACCCCC